AAAAAACCUAUACAUUUUAAAACUAUAAAAACGAAAGAUUGCAGUUAUAAGAUUUGGAUAUCUAUAAAAAGGAAAGUUUGGGUGUCUGAAAGAGUAAACUUCAUCAUAGAGAGAAGAAACAACAAUUCUUUGUGCUUUCACCUUAAUUAUUUCCUUACAUAUUUCCCUUUUAUUAUUUAGUGUUUUUAAAGCAUGGAGAACUGUUCAAUUAUGGCUUUUUCUGAUAGCCAUAUAGCCCAGCAGGUUGAGAAACACUUUCCUCCUACUGCUCACCAUAUUUUCAAUAUUAUGAUUGAACAAACUCCUCCCAACACCAAGUUGCAAAUUUCAAAGGCAUUUUGGGUGAAAUAUUGUGACUCCUUUUCGAAUCAAGUAUUUCCUAAGCUUCCAUGUGGAUCAACAGAGGAGGCAGAGUUGACUAAAAGUAGUGAUGGAAAGGAGCAUAAUGUUGUUGAUAUUGAUGAUUCUAAUGAAAAUUCAGACUCUCGGCCCAACAAGAUAAGGAAGACUACUCCUUAUGGUAAUUCUGAAGCUGCAAAUAAAAUAAAACCAAUAUCUGAAGCAAAUACUGAUCAUGACAAUCAAGGCAUAGGCACUAAUAAUAAUAAUAAUAAUAAGAGGCCUUCAUCUAAAGCAGCCACCGAAUUCUUCACAGACAAUCCUUACUUCCAAGUGAAAUUGAGAGCACAUCAAUUGCGAGGAGAUGGAAAAUUGUAUAUUCCAGUGGCUAUUGCAAAAUCUUGGUUUGAGAAAAAGGCACAAAUUGUCAGUCUUUGGGUUGGUGAGGAAUAUUGGCAUGUGAAUUUAGCUAUUAAUAAGGGAUCAUCAUCUUCUGGAUUAGAGCAUAGGUUUUCUGGUGGAUGGCAUGCAUUUGCAAGAGACAACUCUCUUCAGCCAAAUGAUGUAUGCAUCUUUGAGCUGAUCAACAAGAAUAAACCUGAGGUUAAAGUUACCAUAUUUAGACAAAGUGAAAGUGGUAUGGCUCAAGAAUAAUAUGUUGUAAAUUUGUAAUUAUAAAUGCAAGUUAUAAGAACCAAAAUUUCUACUUAUUUAAUUAGUUUAGCUACACCUUAGCUGAAGGGUUGUUUUUAGGGUAGGUAGCUAACUGACCCUUAGUUAUAUCAGGACUUAAUUUAUCUGACCGUUAUUAUUAUGCCUAAUUUUUUUUUUUAGAUAAUUAUGGCUGAAAUAUUUACUAAAUACUAUAUAAAAUUAUAGGAAAGAUUUGUAGUAGACCCUCUAAAGAGGUAUUUUGGUACUCCUUUUAUUUUGGCAUUCAAAAGAGUUUUUAAUUGAAUUUUUUCUUGUAAUUGUGCAUUUUGUAGUUAUUUAAAACUAUAGUUUGCAGUA